AUGUGGUGGGGGCUGGCAGCUGCGCGGGCCCACAUCGAGGUCAUCCCCUGCAAGAUCUGCGGGGACAAAUCCUCGGGGAUCCACUACGGCGUCAUCACCUGCGAGGGCUGCAAGGGCUUUUUCCGGCGCAGCCAGCAGAGCAGCCUGAGCUACGCCUGCAGCCGCCAGCAGAACUGCCCCAUCGACCGGGCCAGCCGCAACCGCUGCCAGCACUGCCGCCUGCAGAAGUGCCUGCGCCUCGGCAUGUCCCGCGACGCCGUCAAGUUCGGCCGCAUGUCCAAGAAGCAGCGGGACCGGCUGCACGCCGAGGUGCAGCAGCAGCUGGAGCAGCGGCAGCGGGAGCGGGCGGCCGAGGGGGCACCCACCAUCCCCCUGGGGCUGACGGGGUGCCGGGGCCACCCGCUGGCCCCCAGUGGCACCCUGGGGUGCCCUGGCACCCACCACGGCGGGACGGAGGGCAGGGCUGGUCCCACGGCUGAGGUGGAGCCUGGGCGGCUGGAGGGGACCAAGCGGGACCCAGAUGGGGACGGGGACAGGGAUGGCCCCAACUUCUACCCCCACCCCGAUGUCGGAGGCCUCCUGGAGUCACCCACAUCCUCUGUCAUGGAGAUCGAGCACCUCACCCAGAACGUCCUCAAGUCGUACCGGGAGACCUGUCAGCUCCGCGCCGAGGACCUGCAGCUCCGGCGCUGGGACACCUUCUCCCGUGAGGAGGUCUGCGCCUACCAGAAGAAGUCGAUGGAGGAGAUGUGGCAGCGCUGCGCCGGGCGCAUCACCGAGGCCAUCCAGUACGUGGUGGAGUUCGCCAAGCGCCUGUGUGGCUUCAUGGACCUCUGCCAGAACGACCAGAUCGUCCUCCUCAAAGCAGGCGCCAUGGAGGUGGUGCUGGUGCGCAUGUGCCGAGCCUUCAACUCCGACAACCGGACCGUCUUCUUCGAGGGCAAGUACGCCGGCGCCGAGCUCUUCCGAUCCCUGGGCUGCCACGAGCUCAUCGCCUCCAUCUUCGACUUCGCCCAGAGCCUCUGUGCUCUGCACUUCUCGGAGAGCGAGGUGGCCCUCUUCAGCGCCCUCGUCCUCAUCAACGCCAACCGGCCGUGGCUGCAGGAGCAGGCGAAGGUGGCACGGCUGCAGGGACACCUGGAAGUCGCCUUCCGCCUCCUGCUGCGCCGGACCCACCGCGAGGGGCUCCUGGCCAGGCUGCCGCCGCAGGGGCGCCUGCGGGCGCUGUGCUCGCAGCACGUGGAGCAGCUCCAGGCCUUCCGCCGCCUGCACCCCGGGGUGCUGCACGCCGCCUUCCCCCCGCUCUACCGAGAGCUCUUCGCUUCCGAGGCCGAGACCCCCGGCAGCGCCCGCUGA